AUGGUCAUGGACCUCCAGAUCAUCUCAUGGGUGUUCGGAUGCCAAGACGUUGGUUGGCGAUGCAUCAUGCUGACGACCUUGUCCGCAGUUGUGACACAAUGGCUCAGAGACCACUACACUGGGAAGAAGGAUGCUGUAGCCUCAGUUUUUGUGCGUGAGGAUGCGGUCACGGCCGGUACCGCCUUCGUGGAAGACGUUCUGACGAGCAUAUUCCACCAACUGUGCGUCGGCCACGUCGAGGCGCACGAGGACGAAGCGUACGUCGCAAAAUAUCGACUUUACCUCGACGCUAGGAAGCACGGCCAUCGCGACAUAUUCCGGAUUAAGCUUAUACGAGACGCGCUGGAAUCGCGUCUCGGCAUGCUCGAUCACGCAUUCCUUGUCAUAGACGAUUUUGACAGAUGCAGUCCGGCCGUUGACCUGUUUCUUGAGAACGAGUUGGCCAUCUUAGCGAACCAGUCGCGACUCAAGGUGCUCAUAACCUCACGCGUAUCGUGCUUGAAGGAUGUGCCCACUGCGCAGUACUGCGAUUCUUGUGACGAUGAGGAGGAUGCGGCAAAGUUUCUUUUCGUCUACUGGCGAUGUGAUAGUUGCAGGAGGAAGAAAUGGAAACCAGCUCAUAUCCUCUGCCAAGGCUGCAGAGACAAAGGCAAAACCUGCGUCAACUGGUAA